UGCAUCGAUGUAGCAUCAACAUUUACAACGGCAGCAUCUAUUACGGCGUCUGGAACAAUCCGUACUUGGCGACACGGGAGUCCCUCAUUGCAAACUAUCAUCGCCCCUUCUAUCGCACAAUUCCCGUAUACGACCAUAUCUGCUGGCUUACAUCACUUCUUAGCUACCACAUCCAAUGGAGAUGUAUACAGCUGGGGGGCGAAUGGAUUACACGGUCAGCUAGGGGGCGGGUUUCGCGAGACAACUGAACGAAAAGCUCCGAUAGUGAUUGAAGCUUUACAGGGAGUGAAGGUCCUGGGAGUGUCAGCGGGAGAUACACAUUCGGCCGUGGUUUCCGGAGAUGGGGACGUGUACACUUUCGGAUCUGCAUCGCACGGUGAAUUAGGGCUGGCCGAGAACCCGGACGUCAAGCCCGGGGAUGAUGCCGACGAGCUGAACCAUGCGCUACCGACGCCGAUAGAUCUGGAGCUUCCGCCUGGACGGGUGAUGGUGGCAUGUGGAAGCCGGCAUACGGUGAUCAGUGAUGGGACACGUUUAUUCGGGUGCGGCUGGAACAAGUACGAUCAGCUCAAUGCUGUUGGUUCAGAUCUGAAGAAGGAGUCUUGUGGGCUGAUUCCCAUUGAACUGCGCCACUUGGCGAAGCCGCCCAUGGAUCAGUUCACAAUACAAGCUGUUUCCUGCGGGUCGUGGCACACCGUUGUUCUC